UCUAGACAGAGAGAGACUGAGUGUCAAUAUAUAGCCACGUGAUGCGACUCUUUCUUUCUCUUCGCUCGUAAAGCAACAAGCAAGGAAGAUUUACAACACAUCAUUAAGGACAUCCGCCGAGUAACAACAUGUCUGAUGCGGAAGGAGAUGAUGUGCCUGCUCAACCCGCUCCCGGUGGGGCUAUGGACAUUAACACAGCCCUUCAAGAAGUGCUCAAGACUGCUAUGAUACACAACGGUCUGGCCCGUGGACUGCAUGAAGCUGCUAAAGCCUUGGACAAACGUGAGGCUCAUCUUUGCAUUCUUGCCAACAACUGUGAUGAACCAACAUACGUGAAGUUGGUAGAAGCCCUUUGUGCUGAACACGGCAUUUAUCUCAUGAAGGUUGAUGACAGCAAAAAGCUUGGGGAAUGGUCAGGUCUCUGCAAGAUUGACAAGGAAGGGAAAGCCAGAAAAGUCGUAGGCUGCAGCUGUGUAGUAGUUACUGACUAUGGAAAGGAUAGUCAAGCUCAUGAUGUCUUGAUGCAGUACUUGAAGUCCAAGGGUAGUGCUUAAGAAUCUUCUGCACAGAUAACAAUAAAAAAUUGAAAAAGACCUCAAA